UGUUGUUUUGGAUCCCACAGAACCAACUGAGUCCAGGUGCAUUUUUUCCUCAUUCGGUAGUAUUAACUGUAUCUAGCCUGCUGCUUUUCCUUAAUACCGUCUUUACUUGCUCAGUGACCUGUUAUCACUAUCCUUUGGCGAUACCAUGAGUAAUCCGAUUGGAGGUGAUGCACAAUCUGCCCAAGGUGAAGAAGAGCGUGAAGGUGAGUUGCUCUGCUUGAAGAUUAAAGACCAGUUGGAGGAUUUGCUCUCGGACAGCCACCUGGCAAAGGACGGCUUCCUGCUGAAGCAUGUGCAGAGGAACAAGCAGGGCUACGUCAGUCUCAAGCUCCUCACUUGUUCGAAAAAGAUAAAGGUGCUGACCACAAAGUGGUACAUGACCGUAGCAGCAGCGAUGUGCUCAGAGCUGCUGGAGGUGAACGAUGAAUGCACCAAAGUGAGGCGGAUAGAGCCGCUUCCCAAGUGGCUGCUGUCUUCACCCACCUGCAAGUUCCUCCUCGCCUGGAACAUUGCUGUGGAGGAAACAACUAGAGAAGACGGAGGCCUGGAGCACCCUUUCCUCUUAGAGGAGAGGAUCCUCAAAAAGUUCAGCUCUCAUGGCAGCGUUACGUCAGUCUGGAUCCUGCAUCCUGGCAAAGAGCUUCCCAAGGAGCUGCAGUGCUACGCCAAGCGUCACAAAGAGCUCGGCCAACAUUUGUGCGCAGUGGUGAAGUUCGAUCAUUUGGGGGAAGUUCGUAAGGCCUACAACUCCCUGAAAGCGGAAGAGGAGCGGUCUAACGGCGAGGGCAUGCGUGUGGUACCUUUGGGAUUCCACUCGAUGCGCCACGUCACCACGAAUGAGGGAGACAACAAAGACCAACCUGAGGACACACCUUCCCAGGAAAAUCCAGUUGAAACCUCAGAGGAUUCAGUCCAGGAGGAACCCUCUGCACCAGUUAAAGUUUCUGACGAGACUCCAGACAUAUCUCAACCCCAGAAGUCCUUGGAUAACUCUAUGCAAAGAGCCUUUCAGCAGAUCUCCGUCAGCUGUAGCAGCCAGCCCUUCUCCGGUUGGAAUCAGAGGUACAGUAUAGAGAGGAGCCAGUGCUCUGGAACCGGUGAUACGGAGACUUCUCAGUGCCCCUGGGUGCUGAGGCGCAAAUUUGCAGCCAGCGCAUUAAACCCCAAGGUGGCUCAGCACGUGAACGCGCCCUUCUUGAUGCAAAGAGUGCUGCGUCAGCCCUUCGGCCCUGACGGCACCAAGGGCUUUCGGAGCAGAAGGAAGCCGCUGUAGUAGGAGGAGCUCAAACACUAGUGGUAGUAACACCACCUGUGCUGAAUAACAAUGGCAGAUCUGUGGAGCAACAACACGCUAAAAGCUGAUGAAGGAAAUAAAAUAUUUUUUGCAUUAAAGCA